AUGGGGUCAAGGGCUUUGAUCCCAUUUCUCGUGGCCAUGAUGCUACUGACUGGUGUUUGCAACACUUUGCUUACCAAGUACCAGGACAUGCAAUGCGUCGCCAACUGCGACUCCAAGGACCCGUCGAAGCGAUUGUACUUCAACCAGCCCGUUCUACAAACGGCGCAAAUGUUUGUUGGUGAGAUGGGCUGUUGGCUGGUUGUCGGCCUGAUGGCUCUCUACCGUCGCUUCGUCUCUGGAGCAUCCCCCACGUCGGACGGGUACGAGGCCGUCAAUACAAACGAUGCAGACGAAGCAAACACGGCGCUUAUCAACAACUCUGGUGGAGUACCCAAACCGUACGGUGAGGAGGGCAAUGGUUCUAUUCUUCGCGGCCCUCGCAUCCUCCUACUGGCCCUUCCGGCUAUUUGCGACAUCCUUGGUACAACGCUGAUGAACAUUGGUCUGCUUCUUGUGGUCGCUUCUAUUUAUCAGAUGACUCGCGGCGCUCUUGUUCUCUUUGUUGGUCUAUUCAGUGUCAUUUUUCUUCACAGGCGGCUGUUUCUCUUUCAGUGGCUGUCCCUCGGUGGUGUUGUGUUCGGCGUUGCCAUUGUUGGUUUGGCUGGGGCCAUCUAUCAUGAGGAUAAGACCAAGGUUGAAGUCAUCGACAACGACGCAUCUCCAGCCUCAAAUGCGCUGCUGUCUGUCAUUGGUGUAUUGCUCAUCGCCGGUGCUCAAAUCUUUACUGCGACGCAAUUUGUGCUUGAGGAAUGGAUUCUGGAACGGUCUGCCAUUGAGCCUAUUAGGGUCGUGGGUUGGGAGGGCCUCUUUGGCUUCGUCGUCACGGUAAUUAGUAUGAUUGUUUUGCAUCUGGCGAUUGGCCGUACCGACGCUGGCCGCUAUGGGUAUUUCGACAUGGCAGAGGGCUGGAGACAAUUAACUAACAACAGAGCGAUUGGCAUAUCCAGCAUCCUGAUUAUGAUUAGUAUCGGCGGGUUCAAUUUUUUCGGGCUGUCAGUUACUAGAAGUGUCUCUGCCACAUCCAGGUCUACUAUCGACACUUGCAGAACACUGUUCAUCUGGAUCGUCUCAUUGGGUUUGCGGUGGGAGACAUUCAAGUGGCUCCAGGUCCUUGGCUUCGCGCUGCUCGUCUACUUUACUUUCCUCUUCAAUGGCAUCGUCCAACCCCCAUUCCAGUUCCUCGUCCCCGAUGAGGAAGUGGAGGAAUUGUUGCCAGAGGAACCGAUUGAACACCAAUGA